AUGGACGACAAUGGAUCUCUCUAUGUCGUUGACCAUGAAAAACAUGAAGUGAGACUAUAUAAAAUUGGUGAUACUCAAGGAACAGUAGUUGCAGGUGGUAAUGGAGAAGGAAAUCGUCUCGAUCAACUCUCUAAUCCCCACUACGUAAUUGUCGAUCGAGAUCAUUCAGUUUAUGUGUCUGAUUGGGGAAAUCAUCGUGUAAUGAAAUGGGAAGAAGAUGCAACACAAGGUAUUAUCGUCGCCGGUGGUCAAGGACAAGGAAAUAGCCUUACACAAUUGUAUUAUCCUAAUGGAGUCGUUGUCGAUCAAUUGGGUACUGUCUAUGUGGCUGAUUCUAGGAAUCAUCGAAUUAUGCGUUGGCCAAAAGGAGCCACACAAGGAAGUGUCAUUGUUGGUGGAAACGGUGAAGGAGCACAGCCGAAUCAAUUCAGUGGUCCCAUAGGUUUAUCAUUCGAUCGACAUGGUAAUCUCUAUGUCGCCGAUUUCGGAAAUGCUCGAGUUGGUACACGUCUUUUAUUAAUUCGUGAAAAUUAUGAUAUUAUUUUAUAUGAUGCUCAACAAAAGCGUUCAUUAACAAAAGUUCGACCAAAAUUAGAUAGUAAAGAUUGUUGGGAAAAAUUAACUUUUAUUUAUUUACAAGAUCAGAUUCCAAUGCUAUUAGGAGAUGUUGAAGAAUGCAUUAAACUUCUUAGACAAUGA